AUGGAUUUUAGUCAGUUUUCGUUGACGGAGAAGAAGAGUAUCAUGUCUGAAGAAGUUGAAAUGAAUGUUGAAAAUGAGGAAGAUGUUGGCGUUAAAGUUGAUUGUUCUGAUACCUUUAAUACUUCUGAGUUGUUUGGUAGUCGUGAUGAAGUUUUACAAUGGGCUCGAUCGUUGGCUCAUGACAUUGAAUUUGUUGCCGUUAUAAUGAGGUCAGACACCAAUAUUGGUGUUCGAGGAAGAGCCUCAUUUUUGUUGAUAGCUUGUGAAAGGAGUGGGGAGUAUAGGCCUAAGAAACAUAAUUUGGUAAGAACAUGCACUGGUAGUAGAAAAUGUGGAUGCCCGUUUAAGUUGCGUGCAAAGCCAGUUUCAGGAGGAGACGACUGGAUGGUGAAGUUAAUUUGUGGGAUUCACAAUCACAAAAUGGCAAAUUCAUUGGUUGGGCAUCCAUAUGCAGGUCGAAUGACAAAGGAUGAGAAGAUUGUUGUUGCUGAUAUGACGAAGUUCAUGGAUUCUAUUGAAAACAUUAUUGAUGUCAAAGUAGAUGGUAAUUGUGGUUAUCGUGCAAUAGCUGCCCAAUUGGGUAUAGGUGAAGAAUCGUGGUCAUUAGUGAGGAACCAUUUGCACAAAGAACUAACUAGUUGGUUUGAAGAGUAUAUCAACCUGGUUGGUGGCAUAGAGAGAUUUGAGGAAUUAAAGCGUUUUCUACUUGUUGACGACUUAUCUAAGGUUACCAUGGACAAGUGGAUGAAUAUUACGGAUAUGGGAUACAUCAUUGCUUCACGAUACAACGUGAUCGUUGUUUCUCUUUCACAACAACAAAGCAUGACAUUUUUUCCUCUUAUAAGUCAGAUUUUAUUACGAGACCACUAUCCUUUACCACCAGUGGCGUUGCUAUAG